ACUUUUUCUUUUGGAAAGUAACAAUAAGUAACUACUUUCUCCUAUUAUUUCGAGGGCUCAAUACCCUUCCAUUCUUUGUUUGAGUAGCAAUUACCGGAUUAAUUCACCAAACUAGACAAUACUGGAGAAAACCAAAUAGAGAGAACAUUCACAUGGCAUAAAAAUGAAAUCUGAUCAGACUAGGUGGUGAGGGAAUGGCAAGUUCCCAACCAUCUAAGAAGGCAAUAAAGAGCACUGGAGGAAACAGUGGUGUAUCCUCAGGCCAGUCUGUAAAAUUUGCCCGGCGAACUUCAAGUGGACGUUAUGUCAGCUUAUCAAAAGAUGAUGUUCAGACAUCAGAUGAGCAAUCUGGGGAUUACACAAACUACACGGUUCAUAUUCCGCCAACCCCUGACAAUCAACCAACAGAGACAUCAGUGGCUACAAAAGCUGAAGAACAAUACGUUUCUAAUUCGCUUUUUACUGGAGGUUUCAAUAGCGUUACACGAGCCCAUCUCAUGGACAAGGUGAUUGAUUCGGAGGUAAGCCAUCCGCAAAUGGCUGGAUCCAAAGGCUCAUCAUGUGCCAUGCCGGCUUGUGAUGGCAAGGUCAUGAAGGAUGAACGAGGAGUUGAUAUUGAUCCUUGUGAAUGCAGGUUUAAGAUUUGUAGAGAUUGUUUUCUAGAUGCACAAAAAGAGACUGGAUUAUGUCCGGGAUGUAAAGAACCUUAUAGAACAAAUGAUGGUGAUGACGACUCACCCAUGGGAACAUUGUCACUUCGUGGGCAGGAUGGUAAACGUACAUCGCUGAUGAAGAGGAACCAGAAUGGGGAAUUCGAUCAGAACAAAUGGCUGUUUAAUGAGACAUCGGGUACUUAUGGAGUUGGAAAUGCGUAUUGGCCACCGGAUGGUAGUGAUGGGAAGAAUGGUGGUGGUGGUCUUGGAGACCCAGCUGACAAACCAUGGCGACCACUCACACGGAGAAUUCCAAUUUCAACGAGUAUCAUUAGUCCUUAUAGAUUAUUGAUAGCGGUUCGUUUUAUUGUUUUGUGUUUCUUUUUAACGUGGAGAGUUUCACACCCGAAUAACGAUGCAAUUUGGCUGUGGUUCAUGUCUAUUGUCUGCGAGAUCUGGUUCGCAUUUUCUUGGAUCCUCGAUCAGGUACCAAAACUUUGUCCGAUAAAUCGGUCUGUAGAUCUCCAACUGCUUCAUGAUAAGUUUGAUACAGCUGACAAAACCAAUAAUCCCAAGGGUCGAUCAGAUCUCCCUGGUGUUGAUUUCUUUGUUUCAACCGCUGACCCUGAAAAGGAGCCUCCACUUGUCACCGCCAACACCAUCCUCUCUAUCCUGGCCGUUGAGUAUCCAGUUGAGAAGAUUGCUUGCUACAUAUCUGAUGAUGGUGGUGCAUUAUUGACCUUUGAGGCGAUGGCGGAAGCUUGCAGCUUUGCUGAUUUGUGGGUACCUUUUUGCCGGAAACACGACAUCGAACCACGAAAUCCUGAUACAUAUUUCUCAUUAAAAGGUGAUCCAACCAAGAACAAGAAACGGUUGGAUUUUGUUAAGGACCGGAGGAGGGUGAAACGGGAAUAUGAUGAAUUCAAAGUGAGGAUAAAUAACUUGCCAGAUUCAAUAAGGAGAAGAUCCGAUGCAUUUAAUGCUAGGGAGGAGAUGAAGGUUAUAAAAUCCAUUCGGGAGAGUGGUAUUGACCCGACUGAGCCAAUAAAGGUAAAACGGGCCACUUGGAUGGCCGAUGGCACUCAUUGGCCUGGUACUUGGGCUAACCCGAGCCCUGAUCAUGCCAAAGGUGAUCAUGCUGGUAUCUUACAAGUAAUGUUGAAGCCUCCAUCCCCUGACCCCUUACAAGGGUCGGGGGAAGAUAGUCUUGUUGACUAUUCAGAUGUCGAUAUAAGAUUACCGAUGUUUGUGUAUAUGUCACGAGAAAAGCGGCCUGGUUAUGACCAUAACAAGAAAGCUGGGGCCAUGAACGCACUUGUGCGUUCAUCAGCGGUCCUGUCCAAUGGGCCAUUCAUCUUAAACUUAGACUGUGAUCAUUAUGUUUACAAUCGUAUGGCGGUUCGAGAAGGAAUUUGUUUUAUGAUGGACCGUGGUGGUGAAGAUAUUUGUUACAUUCAAUUUCCACAACGGUUUGAAGGAAUUGAUCCUUCAGAUCGUUAUGCCAAUCACAAUACGGUGUUCUUUGAUGGGAACAUGCGUGCACUUGAUGGAGUGCAAGGGCCUUUUUAUGUGGGAACAGGGUGUAUGUUUAGACGAUUUGCAUUGUAUGGGUUUGACCCACCAAAAGCUGAGAUACUGGCACAUGAAAAGAAGGGCGGUGAUGGUACUGAAUCAGCCACCGAGACACAAAAAUUGAAGGCAACUGAUUUCGACCCAGAUCUUGAUGUUAAUGAACUACCAAAACGAUUUGGAAAUUCGACCCUUUUGGCGAAUUCGAUACCUGUGGCUGAGUUUCAAGGUCGACCUAUUGCUGACCACCCAGCGGUCAAGUAUGGUCGACCUCCUGGUAUCCUUCGGAAUGUUCGAGAACAACUUGAUGCUACCACAGUUGCUGAAGCUGUUUCUGUCAUCUCUUGUUGGUAUGAGGACAAAACAGAAUGGGGUGAUCGAGUGGGAUGGAUUUAUGGAUCAGUGACAGAAGAUGUGGUAACGGGGUAUCGAAUGCACAACCGUGGGUGGCGGUCCAUCUACUGUCUCACAAAACGAGAUGCUUUCCGUGGCUCUGCACCUAUUAAUCUCACUGAUAGACUCCACCAAGUGCUCAGGUGGGCCACUGGUUCCGUCGAAAUUUUCUUCUCAAGAAACAAUGCUUUUCUAGCUUCCAAACGCCUCAAAUGGCUACAACGUUUAGCUUACCUAAAUGUUGGUCUCUACCCAUUCACAUCUCUUUUUCUCAUCGUUUAUUGUUUUCUCCCAGCACUCUCACUAUUAUCCGGUCAUUUCAUAGUCAAAAAUCUCAAUGCCACCUUCUUAAUCUACCUCUUAUUGAUGACAUUAUGCUUGAUUGGACUUGCGGUGCUGGAAGUGCGAUGGUCCGAAGUGUCUUUAGAAGAUUGGUGGCGGAACGAGCAGUUUUGGCUAAUUUCCGGCACAAGCUCACAUUUAGCAGCCGUGGUUCAAGGACUAUUGAAGGUGAUUGCAGGGAUUGAGAUAUCAUUUACUUUAACCUCAAAAGCCGUUGAAGACAGUGAUGAUGUUUACGCCGAGUUAUAUCUAGUGAAAUGGACGUCACUUAUGAUUCCACCUAUUGUUAUAGCAAUGCUUAACGUUCUCGCGAUGGUGGUUGCUUUCUCCCGGACGAUUUACAGCAUAAACCCACAGUGGGGCAAGUUCAUCGGUGGUGCGUUUUUCAGUUUUUGGGUUUUGGCACAUUUGUAUCCGUUUUUCAAAGGGUUGAUGGGGAGGAGAGGGAAGACACCGACGAUUGUAUUUGUAUGGUCUGGGCUUAUUGCUAUCACACUUUCAUUGUUGUGGGUAGCUAUUAACCCUAGCACAGGACCGAGUGAUGCUGCUGCCGGAGGUUCUAAUUUUAAGUUUCCUUAAAAAGAAUAACAUGUUUGUUUGUAAAGUUAUAGCCUGGCCUUCGGCUUCUUACAGGUAGAGCCUUUCGAAGUUUUCUCAAAUUAUGUGUAGUUCAAAGGUUUUUGUUUUUGGUUUAAUAGUUUAGUGUAAGCAAACACUAGAAAUUUACUUGUGAUGCACCACAACGAAUAUGUUUCAGUGUUUCCAGAGUGGAUAGGGUGACAGGCAUUUUGCCAACCAUCGAUUUUGUAUGGUGGUUCGUGAUAGUUGUAUGAAAGGAAAUUGCAGUAGAA